AAUGCUCAUCACUCUUCGUUCUCUUCCCCAUAAUCGCGACCUCGCCGUCUCAAAGAGAAGAUCAAAGGUUCAAAAAAAUGUCGAAAUCACCGGAAACAGAACACCCAAACAAAGCCAUAGGAUGGGCCGCUAGAGACAGCUCCGGCGUCUUGUCGCCGUUUCACUUCUCCAGAAGAGACAACGGAGACAACGAUGUUACCGUCAAGAUCCUUUACUGUGGGGUUUGCCACUCGGAUCUGCACUCACUCAAGAACGAGUGGGGUUUCACCAAUUACCCCAUCGUUCCUGGGCAUGAAAUCGUGGGAAUCGCUUCGAAAGUUGGAAAGAACGUGACAAAGUUCAAAGAAGGAGACCGUGUAGGGGUCGGCGUGAUCGUUAACUCGUGCCAAUCCUGCGAGACAUGUGAUCAAGACUUGGAAAACUACUGUCCCCAACUCAUAUUCACUUACAACUCGUACGACCACGACGGCACCAAAACGUACGGCGGCUAUUCCGACACGAUCGUCGUGGACCAGCGUUUCGUCCUACGCUUCCCCGACGGGUUGCCACCCGACGCGGGCGCUCCGUUGUUGUGUGCGGGAAUCACGGUUUACAGUCCGAUGAAGUAUUACGGGAUGACUGAACCAGGGAAACACUUGGGCGUGGCUGGACUCGGUGGACUCGGUCAUGUCGCUGUCAAGAUCGGUAAGGCAUUUGGGUUGAAGGUUACCGUAAUCAGUACCUCUCCGAAGAAAGAGAGCGAAGCCAUCGACCGGCUCGGUGCCGAUUCUUUCCUCGUCACGACCGAUCCCCAGAAGAUGAAGGCGGCGAUAGGGACAAUGGAUUUCAUUAUCGACACGGUGUCAGCAGUUCAUGCUCUAUUCCCGUUGCUUGGCUUGCUGAAAGUGAAUGGAAAGCUCAUCACUUUAGGCCUGCCAGAGAAGCCACUCGAGCUACCGAUCUUCCCUUUAGCUCUCGGGAGGAAGAUGGUGGGAGGAAGUGACAUAGGGGGGAUGAAGGAGACACAAGAGAUGCUCGACUUCUGCGCGAAACACAACAUCGCAGCCGACAUCGAGCUGAUUAAGAUGGAAGACAUCAACUCCGCUUUCGUCAGGCUUUCCAAAUCUGACGUCAGGUACCGCUUCGUCAUCGACGUUGCCAACUCAUUGAUCUAACGGACACAUGUACGAACCACCUGUCGGCACGUAUGUUGUCUCCCUAUUUUACUCGUCACCUUUUUGUUCCUUCCUUCCAUCUUUGGAAAAAUGCAGAGACCAUCUGAUAUUAUUAUUAUUAUUGUUAUUAUUAUGGUCACGACCUGUUUUUAGCCGUGUCCCCAAUGUUUUACCCUCUUGGAGGGUAUAUUUCAAUUUCAGUACAUUAUGAGAUAA